CGCAGGCAGAUGGCGUGUGUGCCGGAGAGCUGAGCUGGAAGACAGGCAUGGAGGGAGCUAUGACAGCUGUGGCUGUGCUACUGGCUCUGACUGUGCGCUGGGCCGUGUCCCUGUACCCCUACUCAGGAGCCAGAAAACCGCCCAUGUAUGGGGACUAUGAAGCCCAACGACACUGGCAAGAAGUCACACUCAACCUACCAACCCACCAAUGGUACUUCAACUCAACCGGCAAUGACCUGUUAUACUGGGGUCUGGAUUACCCCCCUCUGACGGCCUAUCACAGCCUCCUCUGCGGGUACAUAGCCCGUGCCAUCAAUCCAGACUGGGUGACCUUAACUUCGUCCAGAGGGUACGAGAGCCCCCAGCACAAGCUGUUCAUGCGGGCGACCGUUCUGGUUGCCGAUUUGAUCAUUUACAUCCCUGCGGUUAUCCUGUAUUGUUCCUACCUGAAAGAAACUACCAAAAGAAAAAUGAUGUCUCUGCUGUGCAUUCUCCUCUAUCCCGGCCUUAUCCUCGUAGACUACGGGCAUUUUCAAUAUAACUCUGUGAGUCUGGGUUUGGCCUUGUGGGGGGUCAUCGCUCUCUCGCGCGGAUGGGAUGCGCUGGGCUCGCUGGCAUUUUGCUUUGCGUUAAACUACAAACAGAUGGAGCUGUACCACUCCCUGCCGUUCUUCUGCUAUCUCCUGGGGAAGAGUUUCCGGAAGGGAAUUAUAGGCUGGGGGUUCCUCUACCUGCUCAAGAUCGGAGCGACCGUCGUUGGCACUUUCGCCCUUUGUUGGAUGCCGUUCCUGACAGACGGCGAGCAAAUCUUUCAAGUCCUCCGGAGGCUGUUCCCCGUGGGCCGCGGCCUCUUUGAGGAUAAAGUGGCCAAUGUAUGGUGCAGUCUGAGCGUCCUGUUUAAAAUUAAAACUGUGUUGUCAGCGGAGAACCAAUUACAUAUCAGCUUUGCCUGCACCCUGCUGGGGCUUCUGCCGACUUGUCUCAAAUUAACUAUGAACCCGACUCUCAGGGGCUUCAAACUUUCCAUGGUGAACUGCGCCUUGUCCUUCUUCCUUUUCUCCUUCCAAGUCCAUGAAAAGUCCAUUCUCCUGGUGUCCUUGCCGGUCUGCUUCCUCCUCGGUGAGCUUCCUCUGAUGUCUACGUGGUUUUUACUCACAUCCACAUUCAGCAUGCUGCCGCUCCUGCUGAAGGAUGGGCUACUGGUGGCGUACAUCAUCACAACGCUAGCGUUCCUCCUCGUGACCGCCGCCUGCCUGUCCUUCCAUGAGAAAACCUCGGAAGAUGCUCUGAAGCUGAAAGGUUUCUGUGUCUCUAUAAGGAGAUGUGUGUCCUGGUUCACGGUUCCAGGGAGUCUGCUCCGUCUGCUGCUAUUCCUCUCCUUGUCGACGAUGGCCGUCCUGACCGUUGGAAGCUGCGCCUUGACUCCUCCCCCUGCACUCCCCGACCUUUUCCCAGUGCUUAUAUCUUCCGUCUCCUGCGCCCACUUCCUCAUGUUCUUUCUCUACUUUAAUAUCGUUCAUCUAUGGGACAGAACAAACGAGCAAAGCAAGCAGAAAAUAUCCUAAAUUCUUCUUCUUUCUUUUC